CACACUUUAGCUUCUCCAUUCCCAAUUGUCUCUUCUUCUUCUUCCUUUUUUGUACUUCUCAAAAAACAAAUAUUUCUCAACCGUAGAAAAGUCCGACAAAAGUUCAGUUCAGACAAUGACCUAACUCCUAAGUAUGGGUUUCUUUGGAAGACUGUUCGGAAGUAAGAAGCAAGAAAAAUCAACACCGAACAGACGAAGAUGGAGUUUCGCUGCUAGAUUCUCAAAUCCGGCGAAUGAUUCGUCUUCUCAUCCAAGUAAGAGACGUGGAGAUGAAGAUGUCUUAGACGCCGACAAGCAUGCGAUAGCCGUAGCGGCUGCUACAGCUGCGGUGGCUGAAGCCGCACUCGCUGCUGCUCGUGCGGCGGCGGAAGUUGUGAGACUAACCAAUGGUGGUAGAAACUCGUCGGUAAAACAAAUCAGUCGGAGUAAUCGUCGAUGGUCUCGAGAGUAUAAAGCAGCGAUGAAGAUUCAAUCCGCUUUUCGUGGCUACUUGGCGAGGAGGGCUUUAAGAGCACUGAAGGCAUUAGUGAAGCUUCAAGCGUUAGUGAAGGGACACAUUGUAAGGAAACAAACGGCUGAUAUGCUGCGUCGAAUGCAAACGCUGGUUCGGCUCCAAGCUCGAGCUCGAGCUUCGCGUUCUUCUCACGUUUCUGACUCUUCCCACUCGCCAACACUAAUGAUUCCAUCUUCCCCACAAUCUUUCCAUGCACGAUGCGUUUCAGAGGCUGAGUACAGCAAAGUCAUUGCCAUGGACCACCACAACAACAACCAUCGUUCACCGAUGGGUUCGAGCCGGUUAUUAGGCCAAAGGAGGACAGAGGAAAGUCUAUGGAACGCACCACAGUACAAUGAAGAUAAUGACAAGAUCCUAGAAGUCGACACUUGGAAGCCUCACUUCAGAGAGUCACCAAGGAAAAGAGGAUCUCUUAUGGUUACGACAAGUGUGGAGAACAGUCCACAAUUAAGGUCUAGAACAGGAGGCAGCAGUGGUGGUUCAAGGAGAAAAACUCCCUUCACGCCUACGAGAAGCGAGUACGAGUACUACUCCGGGUAUCACCCUAACUACAUGGCUAACACUGAGUCUUACAGAGCAAAAGUCCGGUCACAAAGCGCACCAAGACAGAGGCUACAAGAUUUAUCUUCAGAGAGUGGUUACAAGAGGUCUAUACAGGGACAAUAUUACUACUACACACCGGCUGCAGAGCGAUCGUUUGAUCAGCAUUCAGAUAACGGGAUCGCGGGUUACAGAGGAGUUUCUGAUGGGUUAGAUCGAAACCAAAGUGAGAAAUCGAAGAUUUAUACUUCGUUUUUCAGUUCUAAUCCUCUUUUCUUUCAAUAGUCGAAAGGAUGAAAGAAAGUGAGUGGAAUGUGUAACAUUAGAUUUCGACACACGAGUACAGAGACAGACAGUGAUCAAUCUGUAUUUUCUAUUGACUGUAUCCAACAAGCUAUAGGGUCCACACUUGUCUGAUAAAAAACCUUCAAUAAUUUGAAGUGAUGUCAAGUCAAGACGUGGGAAUCACCACUAAAAGCAGUGAAAUUGA